ACAACGCAGAUGACGCCAUUUUGAUUUGUCAAGAAAUGUUAGUGAGUGACACUAUAGUAGUGUUCUUGUGAAUUUCAAUAAGUCGCGUGUUAUUUUCGUGGAGUGGAGGUGUUACGGUGUUGAGUGAUCCGAGAAAAGUGACUAAUAGUUUGUGAUAGUGGUUCAUCGUACUGAGCUUUCAUGAUUGGAUUACCGCGUAGCGAUAGAGAUAGAGAUCGUAUAACGGUGAAAAUUCGUAACAUGAAGAGGAGCUCGUCCAGGGAUAGUAUGCCGCGUUCGAAGAGGACUCGCAGUAGCAUAGGCAGGUACGACGACAGCUCGGAUGAGCGCGUCACACCGGAGCGGGUGCGGCGGAGGGUCCGCUCCCCGAGUCCCCGGGGCCGCUACGUGUCACCGCAUCGCGACGAUUAUGUGCGCUCUCGUGAAGUCCGCGAGGAGUCUUCAAGACCCUACUAUAAGGUUCUCUGCGUUAGUGCACUUCACCCCAAAGCUUCAGACGAAAUCGUAAAGGAUACGUUGUACAGGGAGUAUAAAAAGUUUGGAGAUUUCAGCAUCAAAAUUUCCCAUGAGUUAGACGAACGCGUCGCCUACGUGUGUUUCCGUAGCGUUGAAGAUGCGCGAGACGCCAAACAUGCCAAACCGCGUAUAAUAUUGUAUGAUAAAGUUGCUAUUGUUGACCCUGUUUAUGAGCCCGUACGUUCAGAGUACCGGAGCAGGCCCCGCAGUAUUACACCACCCGAUUAUGACCGCCCCUAUUCCUAUGCUUGGUCUCCAGCUCCAGAGCGCCGUCGACCCCCACCUGAUGACCGAGCUUAUGGCAUUCCACCCACUGUGCCACCCCAUCACAGAGAUUUCCGCCCACCCAUGCAUGAAUAUCCCAUGGCUGGUCCUCAUGGGCCUCCAAUGCAUCACCGCCCACCCAUGCAUCACCCUCCGCAUCCCCACUACAUGCCUCGCCCAUACAUGCCAAGACCUCAUCACCCUCCUUUUGAGAAAAUGGAGAACAAGAAAGACAAGUUCCCUAACUACCUGCACCAUGUCCACCCCGAAGAUGAUCCAUUAGCUACCAGGACACUGUUUGCAGGCAAUCUGGAGAUAAACAUAUCUGACGAGGAACUGAGACGCAUAUUUGGCAGAUAUGGUAUUGUUGAGGAUAUUGACAUUAAACGGCCACCCCCAGGCACAGGUAAUGCUUUUGCAUUUGUUAGAUAUCAAACUCUUGACAUGGCACAUAGAGCCAAAGUAGAGCUCUCCGGUCAAUACAUUGGCAAAUUCCAAUGUAAGAUUGGAUAUGGUAAGGCAACACCAACAACAAGAGUUUGGGUUGGUGGUCUAGGACCUUGGACCUCAGUGGCCCAGCUGGAAAGAGAAUUUGAUAGAUUUGGAGCUAUUAAAAAGAUUGAGUAUGCAAAGGGUGAAGCCCAUGCCUACAUUUUGUACGACUCCAUUGAUGCAGCACAAGCAGCAGUCAAGGAAAUGAGAGGAUUCCCACUUGGCGGUCCUGAUAGGCGUCUUCGCAUAGAUUUUGCUGAUGUUGGUAAUGGUGGACCAUACAGACCUAAAACCUAUGCACCACCAGUUGGUGAAGAUGGGAGGCCUGUGGAAGGCUAUGAAGGUUAUGAGGGCACCUGGGAGGACGGAUAUGCAUAUGGUACACCUGGUUACAGAGGUAGAGGUAGGGGCGGCCGUGGUCGCGGUGGUAUGUUUAGAGGCGUUUAUCACGGCAGUGGAGAUUACCGUGACGACGAAUGGCGCCGCGCUCCUGCUGAUGGAGAAUAUGAAGGCCGACUUCGUCGUUCUGGUUCACGAGAGCCUGGAGUGGACCGCUCGCGUUCACGGUCGCCGCGGCGCCGUUCUCCCGAUAGCGACUCAGAUGGCUCGCCGCGCCGAAGUGGAGGCAUGCUAGCUUCGGCCCGUACACUACCAGAAGUUGUACGAAAAGCAACCACAAUUUGGAAUGGUGCACUCAUUCUUAAAAAUUCCUUGUUUCCAACAAAAUUGCAUCUCACAGAUGGUGAUUCUGAAAUCAUUGACAGUCUUAUGAAGGAUGAAGAUGGCAAAAACCAGCUGCGAAUUACACAAAGAUUGAGACUAGACCAGCCAAAACUAGAUGAUGUGCAGAAGAGAAUUGCUACAUCUAGUUCCCAUGCUAUCUUUUUAGGUGUGGCAGGCUCUACAGCUUCUAUAACCAAUGAAGAUACAAGCAUUCAGACAAGGCCAAUGAGGAAUUUGGUAUCAUAUUUGAAACAAAAAGAGGCGGCUGGCGUCAUCUCACUGUUAAACAAAGAGACAGAAGCCACAGGAGUCCUAUACUCUUUCCCCCCUUGUGACUUUUCUACAGAUCUACUGAAAAGAACUUGUCACAAUUUGACAGAGGACAGUCUGAAAGAGGACCACUUGGUGAUUGUGGUGGUACGCGGAGGCUCUGCUUAAAAAAGAUGACAGUUUAAAUUAUGUAAACAAAAUGAUUAUUAGUUAAGAUUUUUUAUAAAUUCAAAAUGUUUUCCACUUUUGUUCUGUAUUCUUGUGUUGUGUAGUGCUGUUGUGAGGUGUAUGUAAAAUUAGUUAAGUGGAGGUUUCAUUAACCAAUUUUGAAUUGUGCAAGUGCUGUGUUUGUCCACAGUUUUAGUGUUCAGCAAUAAUUGUUACAAACAAAAAAAAAUAAUAGGUGUUAGUUUGCUAGUAUUAUAACAAUCAAAAGAUGAUAAACUGAUGACUAAAAAUUGUUCAAGUGUAUUUAUGAGAUAGUGACAUAAAUUCAGUUUUUUAUAUGUUCAGUUAUAGUGUAAAACUAGUGUAUGGUAGGUGAGGUGCUAGUGUAAGUGUGUGAACAUGCAAAUAGAUUACCUAUUCCUUC